AUGAUUUCCACAACCAAAUCGUCUAGUCCUGGAGCCUUUGAGUUUUUCCAUCAGAACAUGAGGGCACAUUACACUGCUCUGUUGCAUCACCAUCAAAUCCCUAGGACACCUCCACCACCACCACCUACUCCUCCUUCACAACAGCAACAGCAACAGCAACGCCCACAGCAUCCAAAACACUUUGAGCAACAGCUAUAUUCCUCCCACUUGUAUACUUCAGAAUUGUCCACUCACACGCAAGCUGUAUCCGAGUAUGACACUGAAAUUUACGAAACCAUGCUUGAGCAGAUGGAACAAAAUAGACCAAACAUUAAUUUAUACAAACAACAACCAUACCUCACUCCAAUGGUCAGAGUGAAGCUUGUUGAGUUUCUUCUCAAGAUGUCAGUGAGAUUGAAAAUUCUUCCAUUUGUGUUUUACAAAGCAGUGCGUUUAUUUGAUAGGUAUUGUUGCAAGCGAAUUGUCUUGUUAGACCAGUCACAAUUGAUAAUCACCACCUGCUUAUGGAUUGCCAGUAAAGUCAAUGGCGGUAACAAUCAUUUUGUCAAUAUGAGCAAUAUGAGCAAGUGUGUUGAUGGGUUUAGAGUCAUUGGGGAUUUGGGUUAUGGCAGCGGUGGUAAAUACAUUGGCCCCACUGAGCGGUUUAGAUUACCAAAGUUGCAUGAGUUGGUGAAAUUGUGUGGCGCCAAAUGCAAAUACGAUAUGGGCAUGUUCAAGCAAAUGGAGGUCCAUAUUUUGUCCACUUUGGAUUGGAAUUUAUGUGAUCCUCUGAUUGAAGAGUUUAUUGUCAAGAGUAAUGAGUUUUGCACUAGCCAGCGAGCAGGAUCCACUGGAGAAGGCAGUAUUGGUGUUACUGAAAUGUUCAAAGUGAAGGAGUAUUUGAGUUACAUCUCAUUAUAUUCCUUUGAGUUGGUUGAUGCUAGCAUGCUUGAAGUUGGCCAGGUGAUUUCAGACUUGAUCAAUGAAGUGUUUCAGCUUGACUUCAACAACAACGAAUACCAAAAGGUGCAAACGCCAGCAACAACAACAACAACAAGGUUGAGUAUCUCGUCAUCACGCAUUGACAUGGAAAUAAACCAAUACAAGAUGAUCAAGAAAAGUUUGAUCAAAGUCAUAUUGGACACUUCGGAGUACAUGUUAAACUUGUUCAACAGUAGUGGUCCCCAAUAUUUGCAUCGUGCUAUUGUCAAUGGAUGGAUGCCAAUAUGUGACAGUGACUUAUCUUUGAAACGUGUUUUCCAAAGCUACAAUGGGUUGAGAUCCGCGUCAUUAUCUUCGACUGAACUGUACUCCACUCCGUCUCCAAGUGCAUCUGCGUACUAUACGACAACACCAUUGAACACAGUCGUCACGCCACCAACACCUUAUAUGCAAAUGCAGAAUGCAGCAGCACAUGGAAUGUCUACACCACCAACUAGCAGUCACAAGUACAGCUUUGGUGGAUUCCAAAUUACAAACCAACCACCUCCAUUACAAGCACAAGCACAAGCACCUGCACCUGCACCUGCACCUGCACCUGCACCUGCACCUGCAUCUACCUCGACAAUCCCAAUUGUUCCACAUCAUCGUCUCCCAUUCCCUCAGUUGGUUCAGCAACAGCAACAGCAACUACACCACACCAAAUCAACGCCUGUAUUAAGACAUGUUGACCAACAGCAAUCACUUCGAGUCAACACAAAUGUCCCUCCAGCGCAAAUCGGCUCCUAUCCAUCAGCAACUUCCUCAGCAGUUUCUUCAACCAGUACCAUGAAUUCGAGUGUGUUUGAUAAACCAAGUGCAAUCGAUGGCGGGUUUUGCGAGAAUAGUGGUAAUUGCUUGCUGAGAUCGACUACGCCAGUGAGUGAUAUUGGACCUGCAUCCUUUUCUGGGGCGAGCAAGAGUCCUGGAAGUUUCUAUAUGGCCUUGGAGCGAAUGUGA